GGCCGGUACCCUUUUUCUAAUUUUAAAAGACAUUAAGACUGGUUCACAAAGUGAUAAAGGGCGGCAUUCAGCAAUCAAAUAAGCCACCCUUAGCUCUACUGCCUCUUUCCUGGAACUACUUUGGGCAGCUUCCAGGUGCUAAGGAACCCUUCUACAGGAACACCAUCUCUUUCAGAGAUCAGGCUAAGUCACCGGUGUGAAGUUCGGAGUCGGUCCCACCGGUGUCAGAGUCGCCGCCCCGCCUCGAGAUGGCCGUCUGUGUGGCGGUGAUUGGUAAGGAGAACGCGCCGCUGUACCUGCUGACGGCCGACCCGGCCGCCGAGCUGCAGUUCCACUACACCGUGCACACGGCCCUGGACGUGGUCGAGGAGAAGCUAGCCGCCACCGGGAAGACGGCCGCCGACAGCCGCGAGCUCUACCUGGGCGCGCUCUACUCCACCGAGGAGCACCGCGUGUUCGGCUACGCCACCAACACCAAGAUCAAGUUCAUCAUCGUGGUGGAGGCGGCCAACGUGUCGAUCCGCGACAACGAGAUCCGCACCAUGUUCCGGCGGCUGCACGCCGCCUACACGGACAUGGUGUGCAACCCGUUCUACCUGCCGGCGCGGCCCAUCACGGCGCGUGCCUUCGACCGCACCGUCCGACAGAUGGUGACGGGCGCCAGCUGAGCGCCGUGCCGUGCGGGAGCUGAGCGGUAACGGGUGCAGAGCCACCAGCCAGGCUAUUGUGCCUGCGUCGGAGCUGAGCGGUAACGGGUGCAGAGCCACCAGUCAGUCUACCGUGGCCGAGUGACCCAUGGCUGACCUGGGCUGAUUCCAUGGUGUUAUAUCUAUCUAUCCGUGAAGCGGUUUCAGCAGCGGCUGAGUGACGAUUCGUGCGCUGAAUACCGUGACAUUCCAGGGACAUCACGGUUGUGCUCGAGGGACGAACUUCGCUUGCGCCACGGGCGAGGCAGGUGUGCCCCUGAGGGUGAGGGGGCGCGGAGUGCCCCAUAGUGAGCGUAAAGUGGAAACCUCCAUCCAAGGUGCAGGCACUCGGUGAGUUUUGGAUAGCUGCUGUUGUUUUACUGAGCUCUAGCAGUACUGUAAGUGAGUGAACAUUGCUAUUAACUAAUGUCGCAACAUGUAUGGAUGAUUUCCACACUAGGCCUGACAGUUGACAUAGGGUAACUAGUUAUUGUUAAUUUCUUUGAAUUGAAUGUUGUCAUGACUGGUAAAAUUAUGACAUUUUUAUGAUAAGUACCGUUUCCCCCGAUGAAUGAAUUUACUACACCGGUUGCCAGCGUUGCCGGGAACAGAGUCGUUUCUGGUUUCAUGGGUUGUCUUCAGUUAGGUACUUAUGUAACCCUAUAUACAGGCUAUCUACGUCGCCAAUAUACAGGCUCAUCAUC